AUUGGAUUAAUCAUGGAUUAUUCUAAUGUUUCAUAUUUAACUCUGGAGGGCCAUGUGGAGCUGGAGAAAUACAGAUAUGUUUAUUUUGUAAUGGUUCUCACAAUUUACCUCUUGAUUACUUGCUUUAACAGUCUUGUCAUUUUUGUCAUAUUCACAAACAAACACCUUCAUAAGCCCAUGUACAUUUUCAUUGCUGCUUUGCUCUGUAAUGCUCUCUUUGGAACAACUGCAUUUUAUCCUAAACUGCUCACUGAUUUUUUGUCUGAAAGUCAAAUUGUCUCAUAUGAAGCAUGUACAUUUCAGUCAUUUUUUAUUUACACAUAUGCCACAUCAGAAUUCACCCUGUUAUCAGCUAUGGCCUAUGACAGAUAUGUGUCCAUCUGUAAACCAUUACAGUAUGCUACAAUUAUGAAAAUGUCCACUGUCCGAAAACUCUUAUUUUGCUCUUGGUGUGUGCCUUGCUUUGAAAAUAGUAUAUCACUGACAUUAACAUUUCAGAUUAAACUUUGUAGAUACAAGUUAAAUAGAAUAUACUGCAAUAAUUCUUCAGUUGUUAAAUUAAGUUGCGGAGACAUAUCUGUAAGAAACUCAUAUGGAUUUUUCAUUUUUGUCAUUGCUGUAUUUCCACCAGUGAUCUUUGUGAUCUACUCGUAUGUUCGAAUACUUCAUGUCUGUCUUCAAAGUUCAAAAGAUUUCCGAAGAAAAGCUCUACAAACCUGUUUCCCACAUCUAUUUAUAUUCAUCAGUUAUACAGUUACCUCAUGCUUUGAAGUUAUUAAUAACAGACUAGAAUCAAAUCAAAUUCCUCACAUUUUCACCAUGAUCAUGUCAGUGGAAAAUCUGGUUAUUCCACCUCUAUUCAAUCCUAUAAUAUAUGGACUGAAAAUGCAGAAAAUUUUUAAUGGUAUCAAAAAACUGAUUUGGAAAGUAAUACAAAUGUGA